CCCCCUUUUCAAAUGCGAAAAAACCCUAGUUUCAAUCGGAUUUUCGAAACGGAAUUGGAGAGCUUUUUUUAUUUUGGUGAUUUUAAUGGCGAAGGACAUGAGCAUGUUGGAGACGAAAAGCGUUGGAAUCGUUGACGAAAAUGCGGAGGAAAAUGAACUGGUUUUGGAGUUGUCGAUUGGAGGAAUUUUUGGGAAAACGAAUGGUAAUAAUGGACGUGAAUCGGUGGAAAAGGAGGUUCCGGCGGUGGCGGUGGAGGCUUUGAAUGUUCAAUCGAAGCGUGAGAUUCAAGCUUUCCGGCGACGGGAAUUGCGGAGGAAGAGGGAAGAGAAGUUGAAGAAAUCGGUAGGUUUUGGUUCGUGUGGUUCAGUCAGUGGUCCAUUUGUGGAGAGCAAAGAGUGGUUGGAUGAGGUUUUGGAGAUUGAACCUGCACGUAAAAAAGAGCGGAUCGGAAACUUACCGGAAAAUAUCGGUUUGAUUCCAGCGGCGGCGCCGUUGACGAAUGGAUUCGUAAAUCAUAACGUGAUGCAGGUCACCAGCGGAGGUGAAGGUCAAGUUGUUCGACGGAUUGACGAGAGUGUAAAUACGAAGAGUUCUGUUUUCCGGCCGACAGUAUGCCGGAGUUUUAGGCCGUAUCAGGGGAGUAGGAAUCUGAAAGCUAUUGAAGAUGAGAUAGAAGGCAAUGGACGACGGAAUGGUAAUGUAAAUUCAAGCGGUUCCGGCGGAUGUGGUUCCUCUGCGUUUUCCGAUAGCCAAUGCUCCUCUCGCCAAGGUGGUGCUACAGAUGAUAGCAGAAGCAACUCGAGCAACUCUCAGUUGGACCAACAACUGCCAAAUACUUCAGUUGCAAGUGACCCAUCUGAUUCCUCCAAACCAACGGUCUCAACCAACAAGUUGACAGACUCGACCGUAUGCGAGCCGGGUCCAUUGAAACCAAAUGACCAAUCCAACCUACCCGGCUCAAAUAUCUCGAACCCACCUUCCAAGCUCGACUUUGCAACGCAACAGGCCUCGUUCCUAUCCCGAAUGCCAUGUGUCUCAACCACCGGAAACGGACCAAACGGGAAAACGGUUAGCGGGUUCUUAUACAGAUACACAAAAAAUGAAGUUAGUAUUGUGUGCGUAUGUCAUGGACAGUCGUUCUCACCGGCUGGGUUCGUGGAGCAUGCGGGUGGUGUCGAUAUCAUUCAUCCAUUGAAGCACAUCACCAUAUUUCCAACUGCUUUUGCUUGACUUCAAGAUUUCGGAUCUUUUUCAGCUGCUACCUUUUUACCGGUGGUUAUUGCAUCUAACAGAGAUUUCGGGUUUUCUUUUUCACAAAAUGUGUAUUUUCUUUUACUCCAUGAUCACUGAUAUUGGGAGCAUAUGGCGUGUCGUAAAUGUUCUUAGAUACUUGAUUGAUCUCUUAAAGGUUAUUUUACCCAAUUGUAAGUAUGGAAUUUUGAUGAUGAG